AGUUUGGUAUCGCUAGCAACAAUCCAAAUCAGAUGUCGUUAAGCGGAUGAAAACCUGAAUAUUUAGCGGUAUAUUUUGAAUAUUAUCUGUAAUGGCGUUCUUGUAAAGAUUCCUGAUCUCUAGAACAAGAUGGAUAUAGGGGAUUUAGAGCCCCUCUCUGCUCGAUCCACCUCAUCAGUUGAAGAUGGAUUUAGCAGUACCAGGAGCAAGAAAUCAAAGACCCUUGCACGACUCAGGAAAUUAAAGAAAUCUGACAGCUCACUACGUGACUCUUCGAAGGAUGCUCUGUUACCUCAUCCACCCGAUAGUCAGUCAAAAGAUGAUCUAACUGAUAGGAAGUUGUCCAAUGGCUUACUUGAUGGUGGCUCUGCCCUUCCUGAUGAUAUCAAGCAGUCAGCCAAGGUAGAAGGAGACAGGAUCAGUGAUGCCAUCGCUGGGGACAGUCAGGGAAUGGCCACCAGCCACGACCCAUCGCGGCCCAAGCCAUUGGAUUGGGGAGAGAAGUCAACCUUGAAAUCCCCCCUCUUCCCUUCAUCUCUAGAUCCUGUGAAACCGACGAGUCGAGGGUUAGGAGCUCUCGAACCCCUUGCUCCACGUGGAGCGCUGGAACCGCUGGAGAAACCUAAGAGAACGUUCAGUGUGAAGCCGGAAGAAAGCAUAGGUAGAGUUGGUAUUGGAACAAAUGGGGUUUCAAAGUACGACACCAGUGAAAUCAAGGAAACUGUGUAUGAUGCACCUACACAGAGGGGAGAUGUGUUUAGGAUAGAUGGUGUUGUAGAGACAGAAACUAGUGAUUCACAGAAAUUCAGUGCAUUUGCAGACAAAAACUCUGUUCAGGGAAAUGAGUUUGGAAGUUUGUCGAGUGGAAAGAAACACCUACCAUCUGAACCGAAGCAGAUGGAAGAUGUCCUUUCAAAGCCAAGUGAUGUUUUAGAAGAUGAUGAUGAUGGUGAUGCGCUUGAUAUAUUACCAGAUGAAGGGAAAUCAAAUGAACUCAGAAGUGAUGUUUUAGUUCCUAGUGCAAUGAAAGACAGGACUGGAUUUAGAACUACAUUUAGUAACUCGGCAAACAAACAUGCUUUAACUGGGGAGAACCAUGAAAGUAGUGUGAGUAGGAGACUGCAGGAUAAUGAUGCAUUUAAUAUAGUUGAAGAACAUACGGUGAAGCCAAAGACGACUGUCACUUUAAUUGAAGAGGAUGAUGAUGACAGUGAUGAUGAGUUAAUCGUUGUCAGUCCACUGGUACCCUCGUCUAAACCUCGAACAGACAAUGUUCCUCCAAGAAUCGAAGGAACUUUGAUGGGUGAUCAUUUAGAGGAAAGUGAGGGAGAAGUUGAGUUGCCAAAUAGAACGGUUCCUGAUCAGAGUGAUGGCGAUGAAGACAUAGAUGAUGAUAAAGAAGAUGAAGAAAACCUGAAGCAAUAUCUAAAAGACAAACUACAGCAUAUAGAGGAUAGUGAGGACAGUGAUGCCCUUGUUGCGAGUCCAAGCCAUUCCUUGAGGGCUGGACGUCUCUCCCCUAUAACCAAUGCCGGUGUUCCUCCUCCACUUCCUAACACCAUCAUGUCUCCUUCCUUGAGGACCAGUUACAAGAGGGAUAAUGAUCUUGAGGAUAGUUUCGGAAACUCGGAGAUAUCCGAUGCAGUUCUUAGCAGUGGGUCCAUGUCUGAAACCAACAGGUCUAUGGCAUCCAGCUCCCUGCUACUGAACACGCUCACCAAUAAGGGGGCAAGAAGUGGAAACAUGAGUUACCUGAGUGGAGGGGUGCGCAAUUCAGGGUCCCUGGUCGGCAAGGAUGAACUGGAUUCCCAUCUUCCAGAGCGAAGGCUACGUAUCUUUGUUGCAACCUGGAACAUGCACGAAGACAAGGAAAUACCUGAGAACCUUGAUGAUCUGCUUCUACCUGAAGACAUUGAGUACAUGCAGGAUGUCUAUGUCAUUGGCACGCAAGAAUCUUCUCCCGAUAUAACGGAAUGGGAGAUACGUCUACAGGAAACCCUUGGUCCAUCACACGUUCUACUCCACUCGGCAGCGCACGGUGUCCUUCAAUGUGUGGUGUUCAUAAGGAGAGAUCUCAUUUGGUUCUGCUCUCCUGUGGAAGAAUCCAGAGUAUCCACUCGACCAGGAUCGAUGAUUAAAACAAAGGGUGCAAUAGCUGUCAGUUUCAACUUCUUUGGGACUUCAUUUAUCUUCAUUGUUUCUCAUUUUACCUCUGGAGAUGAGAAUAUGAAGGAGAGACUGUUUGAUUAUGAGAAGAUCCUGAAAGGCAUCAGUCUACCAGAGAAAGUCCCACCAACCAGGAAGUUUAAUAUACUUACAAGUGAUGUGACAACCCGCUUUGACUGCGUUUUCUGGUGUGGAGACUUCAACUUCCGGUUGGCCGAGAACAAGGCUCGGGUCGAGGGCUGGAUUGAUCAACUGAAAAGAGGCAAUAAAAAUGAUUAUGAUAUCCUACUGCAACAUGAUCAACUCAAUAAAGCAAUGCAAAGAAAUGAGAUAUUUCAGGGCUUCCAUGAGGGUAAAAUCAACUUUCUGCCAUCGUACAAAUUUGACAUCGGAGAGGAUAUAUACGACACAUCAACCAAAGCCAGGGUACCAUCCUAUACUGAUCGGGUAUUGUAUAAGAGUCGCAGGGUAACUGACAUCUCAUUAAUUCACUACAGCAGCUGUGAAGAAAUCAAGACAUCAGAUCAUCGGCCGGUCUAUGGGGUCUUUGAGGCUGGAAUCAGACCUGGAAAAGAAAACUCAGUCAUGGGAGGUGGAAUGUUUGUUCGCGAGGUCUACAUAGAAGGUAUCAAGAGAAGGGUGGCGAAGUCUGGAAUGUCAAAAAGGACACAAGCAGGGAGUUCUGUCUGCUCCGUCAUGUGAUCAUAAGGUAUCAGGCGACUGCUUGUCAUGUGACAUAUGUGUGUAGGUAUCAAGAUCAGAGGUGACAAGUUUGGAGUGUCAAUGAGAGAGGAUACAAGCAGAUUGAGUUCUGUCUGUUCUGUCAUGUGAUCAUUAGGUAUCUAUCAGGUGACACCUUGUCAUGUGAUAUUGUGACUGUAGGAAUCAAGAGAAGAGUGGCCAGAUAAGGAAGGUCAAGGAGGACACAAGCAGGUUGCGUUCUGUCUGCUGUCAUGUGAUCAAAUAGGCAUCUAUCAGGUGACUUCCUUUGUCAUGUGACAUCGUGACUGUAGGAAUCAAGAGAAGAGUGGCCAAGUCUGGAUAUCAAAGAGUGAUUUCACUGUUCAUAUAAAUUAACUGACAUAAACAGUGGGCUAAAUAAUGCUAUCACCUUCGACAGCAUGCAUGAAUGUAGUGUGACAAUGUCAGCUUAUAUAUUAAGAAAAGGUUCAUUUUCAAAAGCACACAUUCAUUAUAUCAGCUGAAUUGAACAUCAUUAAUGCAUUAAUCUGCAUAAACCAUCAAUAGCUUCAGACCACUGACCCAAAACCCUUUUCAUGAAAUUGGGCCAUGGUGUGUUUUCCCAAUGCAGCAGUGACAUGUGAUUGCUCUUCCUCAUUUAAUCUCAUGAAUUUAUCAUUGAAUGUGAGGCCAGUCAUUCCAUUAAAAGAAAUGUUUAAAGGACAAGUUCACCCCAAUGAAAAAAUGAUUUGAAUAAAAAGUGAAAAAUCCAACAAGAAUAAUACUGAAAAUUUCAUCAAAAUCGGAUGUAAAAUAAGAAAGUUAUGAUAUUUAAAAGUUUCUCUUAAUUUCACAAAACGACUAUAUUUGCACAUCCCAGUCGAUAUGCAAAUGAGGAGACUGAUGACAUCACUCACUCUUUCUUUUGUAUUUUAUUAUACAAAAUAUGAAAUAUUCUAAUUUUCUCCUCAUUGUCCUGUGAAACUAAGUUUCAUUUCUCCCUGAACAUGUGGAAUUACCAUUGUUUAACAUUUAAUGGUUCAGUCAGGUUGGUCCUUAUUGUCAAAUCUGUAAAAAUUGAAACAUUGUAUAAUUCAACAAUAAAAAAUAUGAGAAAUAGUGAGUGAGGAACAUCAUCGACUCUGCAUUUGCAUGCAACUAAAUUGUGCAUAUAACUUUAAAAUGUCAUAACUUUCUAAUUUUACAUGUACAUCCAAUUUUGAUGAAAUUUUCAGCAUUAUGCUUGUCUGAUUUUUCUCUAUCAAUUAAUUCAAAUGAACAUUUUUCGGGGGGUGGACUAUACCUUUAAAGAUAAACUUGUGCAAUGACCGCUGAUUGUGUGUUUUACAUUUGGUGGAUGAUAGCUUUAAUAAAAAAAUAUAUAUAUAAGAAUAUAUAAUGUUGAAAAAAUUGUGGAAAUCAUAGCAUUUUUCAUUGUGCUGCAUAUUGAUAUUGCGCACUUCAUAUAUCUUACAAUUAUAUACAUUUCAGUGUAUAGAUCAUACUUUCGCAUGGUAGUAUCUAUCCUCCGCCUGUACACCUGCCAAAUGUCAUAUAUACCUCUAGAUUAUUAGGAUGAAUAGAUCAUGUAGGGGAGAAUGAAGAAAUAAGUUAAAAUUGCAUGUGUAUUGGUAUGUGUAUGAAAAGUAUUAUCUUCACUACUAUAAAAGACCUUGAGAACUUAGUGUGUAUUGUCAUUUUCUAUUCAUACUUAAAUCAUUUUGAUGAAUUUUUGUUGUUGAGAAAUAUAAUGUAGAUAUUCACCUCAGUAUUGAACAUAAAGUCAUUGUGUGUUUUAUAGCAGAUAUAAAACCUUUUAAUUCAAUUCGAUUCAAUGUCUUUAUUUCCAAAUUCUUUGAAAAAUUAUGAAUUUACAACACAUAAGAUCAUAUAACUGCAUUUCAAAUCAUUAAAAAUAUACAUUUAUAAGUACAGUAGAUGAUGAAUCCAUUCCAUAAUUUAUUCAUGUACAAUAAAGUAGAUGAGGAAAAGGAAGGGGGACGGACUAAAAAAGCAAAGCAAAGCUUGUGGGUAAAAACGUUCCCCAGUAAGAAAAUAGGUAACUGUAUGUACAAAAGUCAAGUGCGUAACAGCUGUUCUGCCAAACCCAGAGUAAUUAUGCUGCACUUCUGUGGAUAGAGCGUUUAGAGAAUUCUUUAUAAAGCUUCUGUACAUGACAAACAGUAUAUAAGCAAGAAUAACAAACAGUAUAUAAGCAAGAAUAAUGAUGAUAAUUAUUUUUUAUUGUGCAGUUUCUUUGGUGAGCUUUUGACAAGAUUAAAUCUUUUUAUAAGUACAGAGAGAGAAGUACAUGUUGGCAUACUUUGUCAUUUACUACAUGUACAGUGCAUACUUGCCAACUGUCCCUAUUUACAUCCCUAUUUUGGGGGACAAACCUAGCAGUUUUCACCCGAAAUGACCUUGUGUCCAUAUUUCUGUGAAAGUUUGUCCAUUGGGUGGCAUUGAAGAGUUUGCAAAGUCCCCAUUUUUCUUUCUUUUUGUAAUCCUUUGUCCUUGUUUAUGAACUUGCAAUGUUGGUACGGAUGACAAAGCUGUAUAACAGUAAUUUCUGUUCAAUUUUGUUUAGAUCAUGUGAAUUACUUUUGGAUGAAAUUAUCUUGAAAAAGUGAGCAUUUGCUGUGCUUGUUUUGUUUUCACAACAUUCCAUUAUUGUCUUACUUUUUUCAUGUCAAUGGACUGCUUCUAUACCCUGACUUGUUAAGAAAUAAAAUCAAUCUUACAAUUAAUUGUAAGUCAUACUACAUGAUUUGCCAUAGAUGUACAAUUGAUAUCAGUCAUAUGAUUGCUUGUAUCUUUUUUAUGUGGCAUGGUAUUGGUCUUUCAAAGAUCAGAAAGCCCCUUUCUUAAAGGACAAGUCCACCCCAAUAAAAAGUUGAUUUGAAUAAAAAGAGAAAAAUCCAACAAGCAUAACAUUGAAAAUUUCAUCAAAAUCGGAUGUAAAAUAAGAAAGUUAUGACAUUUUAAAGUUUUGCUUAAUUUCACAAAACAGUUAUAUGCACAUCCUGGUCAGUAUGCAAAUGAGGAGACUGAUGACAUCAUCCAUUCACUAUUUCUUUUGUAUUUUAUGAUAUGAAAUAUUCUAAUUUUCUCCUCAUUGUCAAGUGAUACUACGACUAAUUCCUCCAUGAACAUGUGGAAUUAGCAUUGUUUAAUACUAUAUGAUUCAGUCAAGUUGGUCCUUGUCAAAUCUAUAAAAAAUGAAAUAUUGUAUACUUCAAAAAAUAAAAAACAAAAGAAAUAGUGAGUGAUGGACAUCAUCGAUUGACUCACCUAGUUGUGCAUAUCACUGUUUUGUGAAAAAUAAGCGAAACUUUAAAAUGUCAUAACUUUCUUAUUUUACAUCCGAUUUUGAUGACAUUUUCAGCACUAUGCUAGUUUGGUUUUUCUCUAUUUAUUCAAAUCAGCAUUUUCCUGGGGUGGACUUGACCUUUAAAGAACUUACAAUUAUGGAAAUAUUUCCAUUCUAGAUAACUACAUGUAUCAUGGCAACAUGGCUCAACAGCUGUAAAAAAGAGGCUCCCAUGGCAGCAGAUACAUGUAAAUCUUGUUGGUCAAAUAUCUGAUCCAGUCAGGGUGACAUAAUACAGGGAAUCAUUUAUAUCAUUCUUAGUACAGUUUACCCCAAAGAUAAUAUGCUGUCUCUAUUGUUCAGUAUUCCACUUAUUCAGGGUUGUAUUUUGGUAAAAUUAUACUCGAUAUUUAUAUUACUCGCUGAACUAUCGUAUUGAAAGGGUAUUAUAGAUCUUAUUCACCCUGUUAACUUUUUCUUUAGGUACUAUUGCAUUGGAGAUUUUUGCAAAUGAAAUUAGAUUUGAAUAUCUCAAUUUUCGAAUUCCAGGAACUGUAUAAAUUGUUUAAUUAAGUACACUGUCCCAUUGAAAUGUUUGAAUAUAAAUCUGAAUUCUAUACAUGUCUAAAACAGUCACUUCUAAUUCAGCUUUUAGUACAUCGUGAGAUAUAUUUACACUUUUCCACAACAUAAAAACGUCUUAUGUUCCUUGAAAAAUGUUAUUUUUAAGAGACUGGAACACUUUAAAGCUUGAUUAUUAACCCAUGUAUGUAUUUAUUUAUUAGAUAUCAUGAUGCAACUGAAAGUAUGUAUUUUCUUUGUUUUGUGCGUAGUAGCUUGAGAUUGACAAAUGUGCCUGUUUUGAAAUAUGUAUAUAAUAGAUUCUAUGCAUUACUGCUCUAUUGUACAGUUGGUCAAAGCUUAUAUUUAUAAUUUAUUCAAAUAUCUGUAUAAUUUUCACUUUAGUUUGCUCUGUGUGUGUUUUUUUUUUCAAUAACGUACAGUAUUCAUGGACUAUCUACUUAUAAAACUAAUGCCUUGAAUGCUUUCUACAUGUGCAAAGCAUCUCGAUAAUGUUACUUAUUUGAGAAUGAAUACUCGAAGUAGUAUUUUUAUACAGCUUUGGUUUUUAUCAAGACUUUCAUCUUUUGCAAUCCAAAAAAUGAUUUUGUUGCCUUGAGCCCCAUUAAUUUUGAAUUCUUAAAUUGAUAUUAAUGACCAGAACCUGGGGAACCGUUUGUAUAGCACUUUAUUUUUAAGUGUCACCAGAGAAAUCUUUGAAAAGGGUAGUUUUUGCUUCGACCCUUUUAUUAUUCAUUAUGCAUAUAAAGAAAAGCAUUUGUCUUGCAUUUUCUAUUUUCCAACUUAUGAAAUGAAUAAACCCUUAUUUAUUGAACUAUCAA